CGUCGUCCCAACCCACUCCACUCCGGUGGAAAAGGAACAGGGAGAAACAGAGGAGGACAGAGUCACUCGCCGUCGUAGGAGAUGAGAACGCUGUCGAUAACACCGGACUUUUGCAUCUUUUUUUUUCUUCACAGGAACUGACGACUCGUUUAUCUCCUCCCGCGCGUGUCCCCCUACUAGUCGACAUUCUUAUCCUCCUGCCUCCUCCGCGACCUUUAUAGCGCUAGCUUCCCUCCAUUUUCUCCCCCAUGCCUUCCUGCAACCGUAAGCUUAGAGCAUCGCACCACACCAUCUGAUCGUCCCACCGUUUGUUCGUCGAUUCGUUCGUGUGAUCUGCUUGGGAAUGGAGGCCUUCGUUCUGUUCGAGCGCGGAAAGGAGACGAGGGAGGUGAUCAGCUGCGAGGAGCAGGAGGAGGACAUCGGCUGCGCGUCCGAGUCGUCCGCGACGGGCGCCACGUCGUCGUCGGAUGAGUUGGAGCUCGCCGACGACGCGAGCUCGUCGGGGUCCAGGGGCCACUUCGAGAUGGCCUCCCUCAUGACGCAGCUCCCGAUCAAGAAGGGUCUGUCCAAGUUCUUCGACGGCAAGUCGCAGUCUUUCGCGUCGCUGGCGGCGGUGGGCGGCCUCGAGGACCUGCCGAAGCCGCCACCGACGAAGCGGCUCAAGACGUCGCGGAGCUGCGGCGUCAGCCUGAAGGACGCGCACCGCGGCCGCCUAUCCGUGUCCUGCAAGAAGGCGUCCAGGGGGCGGGUGUCAUUGUCGGCACUCGGCUCGAUGCCGAGGAAACUGAUGUGGACGCGGCCGCCGGUGACGGCGAGUUCGGCGAGGCCGGAGGUGGUGGCCGGGCAGCCCCUGUUAUUUGCUUAGGGGAUUCGCCCGCCUGCCGGUAAAGACGCUGCGUAGUACGGUAGUUAGUAUGGAUCUUGAAAAUGGAAUAUCCAUAGGAAAUUUGGCGAUGGAGGCAACGAUACGUGUGUGGAUGCAUUUCAUCUGUAAAUAUUUUGCAAUAGAGCUAACACGUUAUGCUGGUGGUUUCUUCUGAA